AUGUUUCCAUUCAACGGCCAUGAGGAAAGUGGUCCUCAGCCUCUGACCGACGAAGAUCACCAGCUUUUGAACUCGCUUGUGCAAAAGUAUGGACACUCCAGCAUCGUGUAUGCCUUGACAGGCUACGGAGAGUCAUCGCGCGCCUCCAUCUUCUCUGCCAACACAUUAUUGAGCAGUGCCGCUGCCAGCAUGAGCGCGCCCUCUCUGGCGUGGACAAGUUCUGAGGCAUCUCAAUGCAGAUCCGACGGAGCCUCCGUUCACACGCAAUACACAUGGCCCGAGGUCGUCGCCGACAUGCCCCCCAUGCACGACGCAGACACCGGCAAACUCGCCGAGCGCUCGUGGCUCGAUUCGCCUGCCCCCGUGCCGUCGCCCAUGACUGCCGAGGGACCCGCGCACCCUUCUCCCCGACUGAUUGCCCCGACUGGCAAAAAGUACCAGUGUCCCAUGUGCUAUCUCGACAGCAGCCCUGUUGGCUUUGGGCGCAAGAGCGACUUCAAGAAGCAUCUGCACAACUUUCACGGAUCGGAUGUCGUCUGGAUCUGCCACACCAAGGGCUGCCAUCUGUCCUUUUCCACCGAGCGCGCCUACAGCACCCACGCCAAGGAGGCUCAUCGCAUGAAGGCUCUGCCUAACAGCACCGCGCGAACCGAUUUGUGCCCCCAGGUUGUGUUUUCGUGUGGCUUUGGGUCCUGCCGCGAUCGUGUGUUUGAAGCUUCCACGCCCGAAGAUGCCUCGGCCAUGCGCGACAAGCACUUUGAGCACAUUGCCAAGCACUUUGAGGACGAUUUCGACGUGAGCACCUGGGAGUACAAGGUGCAGGUUCAGAAUCUGCUGCGACAAGAGCAAGUAAAGCAGGUUUGGAAGACUUGCAUCUGGCCCAAGGAGAAGCGCCAGCAGCUGCAAUGGCGCGCCCGAUCGUCCGGAGAGCUCAAGCGUAUGCUGGAGGCCCGUCACCUCGGCGCCGACGUGUCGCAAAUUGUCCGCCUCGCAUUCAUCCUGGGCAAUGCACCAUUUUCUGCCUCUGGCGCGGCUCCUCCCGGCGAGCUUGAGUCGUACUUCCAGCUCCCCUACCGAAACCAAUGCCCCAUCGAUACCCCCGCGCAAGCUGCUUCUCCGUCUGCCGUCAAGGAUGAGGCGGACAGCUCGUCCACGUUUAGCUUUUCCAAGUACCGAUCCAGCACCCAGACCGUCUUUCGACUGUCUGGCCGCAACUCGAAGAGAGCGUCUCGACCCCCGACGCCUACGCCUGUGACGGAGAUGGUCACGGAUACGGUCAUGGCAGAGGAUGGUGGUGCGGCUGGCCCGCACCCUGGUACACCAUUCAGCAUUCCCAACGAGACUGUCUGGCCCGUGGACGCGCCCAGGUUUGCGCCUGAGCCGCCGACGAUGCACAAACCAAUGGAGCACCCGGUGGAGAGCCCCAUGAUUUAUCCUCUGCAAGGCCAGGACCAGGCGUACGCCGCCUGGAACGGCAUGGACACGACAAUGACACACAGCAUGGACGCCAUGCACCACCACCAGAUGGAUGGCAUGCAAAUGAACUACCACACGCACGCACAGCACCCGCACGCGCAACAUCCCAACCCGCAUCCGCAGCUGGGCAGCAACGCCGGGCUGUACAACUAUGCCAUGAACGCCAGCCAGGCAUCAACGAUAAUGCGCCCCGGCACACCGACGCCUCACAAGCGGCCCGGCUCCUGGAGUCGGGUGAUGAGCAUGGAGAGCCUGCGGCCGAGCAAGAAGAUGUCGCAGCAGGACAUGAGCAUGAUGCCGACGUCGAUGGGCAUUUGA